AUAAUUUUGCUAAUAAUUUUGCUUUCGAUUUUCCCCAGAUUCCCUGGACGUCCCCGGAGUCCCCAGACGUCUUCCCUCGCGUCACUGGAUAACGCAACGCACAUAGAGCAGCAGUAGACCCUUUACACUCAAGACAGCACCAUCAGAAUGAGCUCGAAGUCUGAAGACAGUAGAUUGAAGAGUUCUGGUUCAUCAAGCACUCAAAGUGAACCAGGAGAGCAAAAUCAGCAGGAUGGAGCAGACGAGCACGAACGAUUUCAUUUAAAGUCUUUCACACAAGACACUCAAUGGAUCAAAUCCGUUCUAAAUGCAACCGCAUUCUCUCAGAACUUAUCCUUACUCUUGACCAUCAUCAAGGACGGAAACGGCCACACCUUCUACUACCCUCUCAUCGUCAUGGCAACAAUUGCUCUAACACUCCAAGUUAUCGUGGCAUUAUUCAUCGUGUGGAUCUCAACUGCACCGCCAUGUGACAAGCAAAAAGCGUGUACCAAUCUGCAAUGGUCCAAUAGGAUACUAAUGAUGUUGUCCACUCUGUCGUUGAUGCUUAAUGUUGCAGUCAACGUUUUCUUUGCAGCUCGAGCUGGAGCUCCAGUUGUAGCUCCGGGUGGUCAAGCUGGAGGAAAUGGUCAACAUGGCGAGUUGUAGUGACCAAAUGCAAGUUACUAAUUACUAGUUUUAUGUCAGCUGUCGUAUUAGACUCAUCCGCAUUAGAGGUGGUCUAUUUACUCACAUGCUGUUAUGCAGUAAGGAAGUCUGGAUAUACUUUUGACUUAGAAACAACGAAAUGCAAGAACAAACAAAACACAUCCAUGUUAUUAAAAUGAUGUCGUACAAAUGCAGUCGGUGGAGUAAGUCAUAGUAACCGCAC